AGAAGAAUGGAUAGGGGAAACUGCUCCUCUGUGGAUGAAUUUGUUUUCUUAGGGAUUACUAAUAACCCUGGCAAAAAAGUGGCCCUGUUCACCACAUUUCUAGUUGUUUAUCUCAUUACUCUUCUUGUGAAUCUUGGAAUUAUCAUUUUAAUUAGAAUGGACACUCAGCUCCACACACCCAUGUACUUUUUUCUCAGCAAUCUCUCUUUCUGUGACUUUUGCUAUUCCACAGCAAUUGGUCCAAAAAUGCUGGUGGAUCUCUUAGCUGCAGAGAAAUCAAUUCCUUUUUUUGGUUGUGCUCUGCAGUUUUUGAUAUUCUGUGUCUUUGCAGAUUCUGAGUGUCUACUGCUAGCAGUAAUGGCCUUUGAUAGAUACCAGGCCAUUAGCAAUCCAUUGCUCUACACCGUGAACAUGUCUAGCAUGGUGUGUUUUAUGCUUAUGACUGGGGUUUACCUGGUGGCAACAACAGAUGGUUUGAUACAUACAAUUUUGGCAUUCCGUUUGUGUUUCUGUGGUUCUAAUGAGAUCAAUCAUUUCUUCUGUGAUUUACCUCCACUUUACCUGCUCUCCUGCUCUGAAAUACAAGUCAAUGAACUUGCCUUAUUUAUUGUUUUUGGUUUCAUUGAACUGAGCACCAUCUCAGGAGUUCUUGUCUCUUACUGCUAUAUCAUUCUAUCAGUCCUGAAGAUCCGUUCUGCUGAGGGCAGGUUCAAAGCUUUUUCCACCUGCACCUCUCAUCUCACCACAGUUGCCAUUUUCCAGGGAACUAUGCUUUUCAUGUAUUUUCGGCCAAGUUCUUCUUAUUCUCUGGAUCAAGAUAAAAUGACUUCACUGUUCUACACUCUUGUGAUCCCAAUGUUGAACCCUCUGAUUUAUAGCUUGAGGAAUAAGGAUGUGAAAGAGGCUCUUCAAAAACUGAAACUGAAAAUGUAG